UCUGCUUCUAACUUCUCCAAAUCUAAAGCUGGUGGAAAAGGAGAGGCCGGUGACAUGGGAAAGGUGACAUCAUUGAAGACUUCCAUCAGAGACCAUGGGCCUGUCAUGGUUAUCCAUGUGUGUGAUGAAGCUAAAAACUUGAAGCAGGAUUUCCAGUGCUCGCGGGACCUGUUAGUGAAGGAAAUGCAGUAUUUUGCCGAGUACCUGUCCACAGAUGCCCAGCGCUGGGAGGAAGUGGACAUCUCCGUGCACUGUGAUGUGCAGAUAUUUGAUUGGCUGAUGAAAUAUGUGAAACGCGGCACAAAGGAAGUGAAGGACCCACCCAAAUUAGAGGCCAGCAAUGUGGUGUCGAUUCUCAUUUCCUCAGAUUUCCUCAAGAUGGAUGCGCUGGUGUCAGAGUGUGUAGAGUUCUGCCACCGCCAUAUGUCAGCCAUCGUAGCCACACCUUGUAACAUGAACUGUAUCAACGACAAGCUUGUGUCCAGGAUUGCCGAAUUAUUUACUCACAGUGAGGCAGAUGAGGUCAAGGACAGGAAGGACAAGUUCAAAAGUAAGCUGUUUGCAAAGAAAAUUGAAAAGUUGUUUGAGCCAGAUUACUUAUCAACCUGUUCUCCUGAGAAUGCCACAACUCUGUACAGAUGUUCCGUCUGCAAGAAACUCCUGACUAAGACAACAGAGAAGAAAAUAAAGUGCAUGCCUAGCAGGAUGACUGUAGACAUGAGAGGGAAGCUGACAUAUGGUCACGUGCGAGACACCACCUUUGACAUCAACGAAUAUCUGCUUCAGCAGAAAGCUCAGCUCAAGUCCUGGCGUGAUGUGUACUGGCGCCUAUGGGGCACAAUCAACUUCCUGUCAUGUGACAGGUGUGGGGAGACGUUUGCCUGUUCUGAACUGGGACACUGUCGUUAUCACCCGGAGCCCCUGCGCUACGAGAAUGACCCUGAGAGUAUCCCAUCAUGCAUCAUUGGCACCUAUCCUUGCUGUCACCAGAAAAAUCUACGCUUUGACCCAACGCAGCAAAAUAAGGGUUGUCGAGUGAGGGACCACAUUGUGAUGCUCCCAGGGACAGAGAACCUAGCCUCCAGCGGGGACGCAGCAGGGACCUCUCCACACAGUCCAGUCUACGACGACCUCUUGUCACACAGAGAUAUUAUUUGUGUCCCUUACCAAAGACUAAUGGAUGCCAGCGAGCAGUCACUCAGCGUGUUUAAGAACGAGGAGAUUGUGAGUAACCUGAGGAAUGAGGAGAUGACCAUACCUCUGCUGGCCUCCAUGUUUGAUACAGAGACCCCUAGUGGACAGGGUAACAAGGUCAAGAAAACUGAGCAGACCCCUCGACCUAGGCCUCGUCUUCAGGCUCUGACAGUUCAGCAGGAAGUGACCUAUGACCUGGAGGAGUAUGGGAUAGGAGAGAGUGAUGAUGAGGUGGGAGAUGAAGAGCAGCCUAAAGUGAAGAAGCCUCGCCCUAAGAAGUCCAGAGUGACCAUCGACCCUCAAGCUAUACUCCUUGAUGCACCAGCCUUUGAUCAGACUAAGAAAUCUAUCUGGGACAACCAAAGGUCGAUGAGGUGGAACCAAGAUGCUCAAAGACAGGAAGACCAAAGACGGAUGAAGCAGAUCUGUAAAUACCUGACCAAGCUACGCCUUAAUCAAGAGAAAAUUGAUAAACAGAAACCGAAAGAGUAUGCUGGGGGGAUUUUCAGUAAGCUGGACGCCCAGUGGAGAGCUGCCUAUGUAUCCAAAGGGCCAGCCCAGCCCCAGUUCAGUUUCAGAUCAAGACCACGCUUUCAGAUUACCAAGUGAAUGAGUCAUUGAUCAGCUGACCAAGUGUAUGAUGAGAUGACCAAGUGAAUGAUGAGAUAACCAAGUGAACGAUGAGAAAACAGAAGACAGUUACCCUGACAGUGCCUUGUUUCUCAUAACAGACGAUUUGAUUCUAUCGAUUCUAUCAGUAUGUUCUGCCUGAAGAGACCUGGUUUUCUGAAGAGCGAUACGUAACGUAGUCAGUGUUAACAAAUGAAUGCUCCGAACAAAUGAGUACAAAUUAUCAUGGGUCAAAGUUGAGGUGCAUGUUCUUUAAUAUUCAUAUAACUCGUAUAUACAGAGGCAAGGUAGACUACCAGAUUGUUAAAAAAAAAAACCUUCUGCAUUUCCUACCACCACCUGUCGUUUUCUCUUCUUCAUCCCAGUGUCCAUCACCUCACUGUAGAUAAGCCCACCUAAUAGAGCAUUUCGUUAAUAACUCAGCAACAGCAUUGUAUCAUGCAAAAGCUGCCCUCUAUCAGUAUUCACUC